AUGGACACUACCGAAAAAGGCACCUACCCCGAGCGACAAGUCGUCCAAAGCCAAGAUGGGCACGAUACCGACUACUCAAGCGAUGACCAAGCCGCAAGUUCAACUCCCAAAGUGGAGGAGCAGACUUACGAUGACCGGAAAGCUUGGGUCACGGUUGCUGCGUCGUCACUUACCAUGUUUGUCUACCUCGGAGUGAUCUACUCUUGGGGCAUCAUGCAAGUUAGGCUCGUCGAGACGACGGGUUCAAGUCUAACAACCUUGACAUUUGUCGGAUCAAUGGCGACAUCUUUCAUGAUUUGUUUCAGUAUUGUUUCCGACAAGAUCAUCAGCAGGAUAGGAUACCGGCUGGCUGCGUUGAUUGGUGGUUUCUUCAUGGGUUUGGGUGAAGUUCUCGCAAGCUUUACUACGCACCAUGUCGUCGCUUUGUUCUUUCUACAUGGUCUCGUCUUCGGCCUUGGUGGUGGCCUUUGCAUCUUUUCUGUCUCGACUGCCCCAAUGGGUCUCUUCAAGAAGCAUAAAGCAUUGGCCAUGGGGUUUGUCUUCGGUGGAGGCAGCUUGGGCUCUGCCAUCAUGAGUGUUGUAGCAAACUACCUUGUCAAAGACCUGGGCGUCUCUUGGACGUUCCGCAUUCUGGGUUUCAUUCUAUGGGGUGUUUCCAUCCCUGCAUCCUACUUCUUGCCAAGGAGGAUGGCUUCGGAAAAGAAAGCCUCCCGUCAGCUACAGUGGUAUCGCUUUAAGGAACCUCGCUUCCUUCUGCUCGUCGGCGGCACUGUGCUUUCCUGCUUCCCGCUCUUCAUCCCGCCCUACUUCAUUCCGAUUUUCUCGAGAUCAAUGGGCUACACCAAGGAAAUUGGGAUCAUUAUUCUUGCCUCCUGGAACUUAGCAUCUACGUUGGGCCGUGUUGUCGCUGGAUGGGUUGCCGAUACUCUUUUGGGACCAGUCGAAAGUCUGGCAAUCUGCAUGCUCUUCAUGGCUCUGAGCUCUCUCAUCGUCUGGCCUCUUUCAUCAUCAAUCGGCAUCUUCUCCGUCUACCUCAUAUUCAACGGUAUCGGAUGUGGUGCGUUCUUCAGUCUCACGCCUAUCGCAGUUAGCGCCACAUUUGGCGGAGAAAACACCCUCAGCAUCAUCCCCGUCGUCUGGACGACUUGGUUCUGCGGUUUCUUUUUUGGUACUCCCAUUGCUUCAGGACUUUACUCCAUCUCUGGUGAUGUUGAUGGUCUUGAGAAGUUUCGCCCUGCCGCAUAUUAUGCCGGAGCAAUGGCGUUGGCGGGGUUCGCAUUGGUGCUUAUCCAAUGCGUUGUCGCUGCCCGUGGUGCUGUCACUGAGAGACAAUCCAGUGGCUGUCUCGCUUCUGCUACUGGAUUUGCUUCUCUGAACGGGGGAACGACUGGCGGCGCAGGCGGAACGGAGGUGACAGUAACUACUCAAGCUGACCUCGAGAAGUAUGCCAGCGCAUCAGGCAAAUACGUGAUUAAGAUCAGCGGUCGUAUCACCAUCAGCCCUCUCGGCAAGGAAAUCAAGAUUGCCAGUGAUAAGACCGUCAUCGGGUUGGGCACCACUGGCGAGCUUUAUCAAGGUGGUUUGGGCUUGAACGGGGCCAGGAACAUCAUCAUUCGCAACCUCAAGAUAGGUCACACCAACCUCAACGAUGGCGUGGAAAACGACCGUGACGGUGUUCAAGCCGAUACUGUGAGCAAUAUCUGGAUCGACCACUGCCUUUUCGAAGACGGCGGUGACGGCUUAGUCGAUCUCCGGAAGGACACCACAUACUUCACCGUCUCCAACAACAUCUUCCGUAACCACGACAAGACUUUUGGUAUUGGCUGGACCGAGAAUGUCACGGCUCGUGGAACCAUCAACCACAACUGGUUUGACAACACAAAUCAAAGAAACCCGAGCGCCGACAAUUUGGCACAAGCGCAUCUCUACAACAACUAUCUCUACGGCGUCACUUCAUACGGGCACUACGCUCGCGGCAGCACCAACGCACGUGUCGAGAAUGUCUUCUUCGAGAACACCAAGAAUCCCUUGACCAAAGACUCGGGUGCCGUACUCAAUGCCUCUGGUAAUACGUAUAAAAGCUGUACUGGCACUACGGCUGCAAACUCGGGAACCGCCUUUGACCCCAAGAGUCUCUAUUCUUACACCUUGACUGCUACUGCGGAUGUUCCUGCCUAUGUCAAGGCGAAUGCUGGUCCAAGAGCUUCCGUCUGCUCCUGA